GAUACUUCGGUUUUCGCUUUUGCCCACUACUCCUCUCACAAGUGAAAUUAAGCAGAAGUGGAAGACCCACUUCUCUUUUUACCGUUUAUGGUUAACUUGUUCUGGUUCCUGUCGUGGAUGAGCUAUCUCCAUGUACUUGGGUUUGAUUUGAAGACAGCGCCUCUCUUUUUGACGCUAUGCUGUUGCAUUCUUUCUGAGAUCCCCAUGAACUGGUUCAUUAAUGGUGGAUUCAUGGAGAAGAGAGCUGGUUUUCUCGGUUAUAGAGAGAAAAUAUGGCUCAAAUUGUGGGAGAUCCCUGCAAACCGUUCGAAGCUCCACCACUACUACCAGUAUAUUUGGUCAAAGAUGUUCCCUAGAAAAUGGUGGAAGAACCUUUUGAUUGCCUGGGUAAUUGGUUGGGUCGUGGCGUCGUCAUGGCUCUUCUGGUACAUGAGCUCUCAGACUACCGAGAGGAGGAAGGAGACCCUCGCGGGCAUGUGUGAUGAGCGCGCGAGAAUGCUACAAGACCAGUUUAAUGUCAGUAUGAACCAUGUUCAAGCCUUGUCCAUUCUGAUUUCAACCUUUCACCAUGGAAAGAAUCCAUCUUCUAUUGAUCAGGCAACUUUUGCAAGGUAUACAGAGAGAACCGUUUUUGAGAGGCCACUAACCAGUGGUGUAGCCUAUGCUGUUAGGGUGCUUCACUCAGAAAGGGAACAAUUUGAGAAACAACAAGGCUGGACUAUUAAGAGGAUGGAUACAAUGGAACAGACCCAGGUUCAGGAGGAUGACUAUGCCCCUGAAACCCAGGAUCCAUCACCCGCUCAAGAAGAAUAUGCCCCGGUUAUCUUUGCGCAGGAGACUAUUUCACAUGUGAUUUCUAUUGAUAUGCUUUCGGGGAAGGAAGAUCGUGAGAAUGUAUUACGUGCUAGAGCAUCAGGAAAAGGGGUCCUUACUGCUCCGUUUAGGUUGCUCAAAUCAAACCGCCUUGGGGUCAUACUGACUUUUGCUGUUUACAAGUCAGAGCUCCCGUCAAAUGCAACCCCGAUGGAGCGAAUCCAAGCUACUGAUGGGUACCUAGGUGGAGUCUUUGAUGUAGAAUCUCUUGUGGAGAAGUUGCUACACCAGCUUGCAAGCAAGCAAUCCAUUAUCGUCAAUGUGUAUGACACCACUAAUCUCUCGCAAUCAAUUAGCAUGUACGGUCCGGAUGAAGAAGGUGAUGAUACGAUGUAUCAUAUAAGUACCCUUAAUUUUGGUGAUCCAAUCAGGAAGCAUGAGAUGCAUUGCAGAUUCAAGCAGAAGCUACCAUGGCCUUGGUUGGCAAUAACAACAUCAAUUGGUGUCCUUGUGAUUGCAUUGCUUUUGGGACAUAUAUUUCAUGCAACAAUUAAUCGUAUUGCCAAAGUCGAGGAUGAUUUCCAUAAGAUGAUGGAGCUAAAAAAACGGGCUGAGGCAGCAGAUGUUGCAAAAUCUCAGUUUCUUGCCACUGUUUCCCAUGAGAUCAGAACCCCAAUGAAUGGUGUCCUAGGGAUGUUGCAAAUGCUCAUGGACACAGAUCUAGAUAUAACACAGCAAGAUUAUGUGAGCACUGCUCAGGCCAGUGGCAAAGCUCUGGUCUCACUGAUAAACGAGGUUUUAGACCAGGCUAAGAUUGAAUCUGGUAAGCUUGAACUAGAGGCUGUCCGGUUUGAUUUGCGGGCUAUUUUGGAUGAUGUCUUGUCACUUUUCUCUGGGAAGUCUCAAGACAAGGGGAUAGAGUUGGCAGUGUAUAUCUCUGAUCGGGUUCCUGAAAUUCUUAUUGGAGAUCCAGGGAGAUUUAGGCAGAUCAUCACGAAUCUCAUGGGGAAUUCAAUUAAAUUCACUGAGAAAGGACACAUCUUUGUGACUGUCCAUCUGGUUGAGGAGGUGAUAAACUCUAUUGAAGUUGAGACAGAUUUUUCAUCAAAGAACACCUUAAGUGGGUUGCCUGUGCCAGACAGAUGCCGCAGUUGGGAAAACUUUGACAAAUUCAGUCAAGAGGGACAUAUGUGUCCACAGACUUUCUUGUCAACCUCCUCAGGGCUCAUCAAUUUAAUUGUAUCAGUUGAAGAUACAGGUGUCGGUAUCCCUCUUGAAGCCCAAUCUCGUGUUUUCACCCCUUUCAUGCAGGUUGGACCAUCCAUUGCUCGUAUCCAUGGGGGAACAGGUAUUGGACUGAGUAUAAGCAAGUGUUUGGUUGGUAUGAUGAAUGGGGAGAUUGGAUUCGUUAGUGAACCCCAGAUUGGGUCCACCUUUUCCUUUACGGCUGUCUUCACCAAUGUCCGCUCCAAUUCAACAGAGUACAAAAACCAGCAGAAUAAUCAGUCCAAGUCUUUGUCCUCAGAAUUUCAUGGGAUGACAGCAGUAGUUGUGGACCCCAGACCCGUGAGGGCAAAAGUGACAAGAUAUCACCUCCAACGGCUUGGGAUUCAAGUUGAAAUAACUUCUGAUCUGAAUGAAGAUUUUGCUAGCACAGCCUCUGGGACUGCGGUUAUCAACAUGGUUCUUGUUGAGAAAGAAGUUUGGGAUUCGGAUAUGGGUUUCUCAAAUCUCUUUGUUCACAAGUUGAGGAAGAUUGACCAAGUGGAUCUCCCGAAACUGUUUCUUCUGGCUAAUUCCAUCAGUUCUACCAAAACCAGGUCUGCAAAAUCUGUUCAGUAUACCCCAAUUAUUAUCUCAAAGCCCCUGCGGGCUAGUAUGCUGGCAGCAUCUCUGCAAAGAGCAAUGGGUGUUGGAAACACGGUCAACUGCCAUGACAGAGGGCUUCCCGUUCUCUCUCUCUGCAAUCUUCUUAAGGGCAAGCGUAUACUUGUUGUAGAUGAUAAUAAUGUCAACCUCAGGGUUGCUGCUGGUGCUUUGAAGAAGUAUGGAGCAGAUGUGGAGUGUGCAGCUAGUGGCAAUAAGGCAAUUGAAAUGCUUAGACCGCCUCACACCUUUGAUGCCUGCUUCAUGGAUAUUCAGAUGCCAGAAAUGGAUGGGUUUGAAGCUACAAGAAGGAUUCGGGAAAUGGAACAUGAUAUCAACAGUCAUAUUCGGCAUGGAGAAGUAUCUGCGGAAGCCAAUGGAAACAUUAUGAACUGGCAUGUACCUAUUUUUGCGAUGACGGCAGAUGUCAUUCAGGCUACGCGUGUGGAGUGCAAGAGGUGUGGUAUGGAUGGCUAUGUGUCAAAACCAUUUGAGGGAGAACAACUGUACCGGGAAGUUGCACGCUUUUUCAAGUCGACUCAGUCCCACAUCCAAUAGCAGGCACUUAAAACAGACUUGGUGGAGAGACAGGCACAAACAGCUAUUCUCCAGGACACAGUGAGACGCUUAAAUGGGUAUUCGGUUGUCCCAAAGGGUUUGAAAGGGGACCAAAAAAAAGAAAAAAACUGGUUGUUUGGAGUGUCUCUCGUGUGCAUGCCAUGCUCAAUCUGUGAUGGGUGGCCAUUCAUCACCUGGCAUCCAAGCUAAUAGCAGAACUAUUGUGUAUCAACUCCCAUUAGAUUCAGUGCCUUGGUAUUCAAAUGGACAGGUGAAAGUUCACAAAGACUAAACUGAAUACUGAGGGUUACUACUCUGAAAGGCAUGGGGUAGACACCAUGCACUUGGAUGAAUCAUGGAAGCUUCUGGAUUUACCAGACAAUGUAUCCUAUCCAUCUGAUAAUGAAGUUGAGAGCAUCAGGGAGAUUCCAUUUGGUUCCCUAAAAAAAUUGGGGGUGUAUUAUAGAUGUUUAUUUCAUACAGGUUUGACAGAUUACACAUGUUUUUCAGGGGAAAAAAAAGAAUUGAUCAAUGUAUAUUAGCCACAUCCAAUAAAGAUGAUUGAGGUCUAUUCACUGUAGCCCUUUAUGUACAUUUCCUUUCACUCUAGUUUUAUUACCAAAAG